CAACUCCCUUGAUCGUCCAUCUCAGCAGCAGGAGCAGCAGCAGGAGCAGGCUGUUCUUCUCUUCCUCCAUCCAGGGCUUGCUGCUCCCUUCUCCAGCCGCCGGACCCCGGCAGCACCAGCCGCGCCUCCUCCUCGCCCCAGCUGCCUCUCGCCUGUGGUCCUACAAUUUCCUGGGUGCUGCUGCAGCAGCCGCCCGCGGCGACGGGAUCCGAGGAGACGGCCCCGGCAGGAGCAGGACCCCUAGGCAGCGGCAUAGAGGCUCCUUCCUCUCCUUCUCGUCUCCCCUGCUGCUAAGGCCAGACAUGGAAGAUGGAUCUUCUUCUACAAGCUGCUUUAGGAGGUUUACAGACUGUUUCCUGGGCACAAGUUUGACAGAUGAAAAAGUGAAGGCUUAUCUUUCUCUUCACCCCCAGGUACUGGAUGAAUUUGUGUCAGAGAGUGUAAGUGCUGAGACAGUGGAAAAAUGGCUGAAGAGAAAAAACAACAGACAGGAAGAUGAGUCGACUCCUAAGGAAGUCAACAGGUAUCAGGAUACAAAUAUGCAAGGAGUGGUAUAUGAACUGAACAGCUACAUAGAACAACGGUUGGAUACAGGAGGAGACAACCAACUUCUCUUAUAUGAACUGAGCAGCAUCAUUAAAAUAGCUACAAAAGCUGAUGGAUUUGCACUAUAUUUCCUGGGAGAUUGCAAUAAUAGCCUCUGUGUGUUCACACCUCCGGGAGCUAAGGAAGGACAACCACAGCUCAUUCCUGCAGGGCCCAUUGCACUUGGCACCACAAUAUCUGCAUAUGUAGCCAAAUACAGAAAAACUUUGUUAGUAGAAGAUAUUCUGGGGGAUGAACGAUUUCCCAAAGGUACUGGACUGGAAUCAGGGACUCGUAUCCAAUCUGUUCUUUGUUUGCCGAUUGUUACUGCAAUUGGUGAUUUGAUUGGUAUCCUGGAGCUUUAUCGGCAUUGGGGCAAAGAAGCCUUCCAUCUCAGUCACCAGGAGGUUGCAACAGCAAAUCUUGCAUGGGCCUCGGUAGCAAUACAUCAAGUACAGGUGUGCAGGGGUCUUGCCAAACAGACUGAACUGAAUGACUUCCUGCUUGACGUAUCAAAAACCUAUUUUGAUAAUAUAGUCGCAAUAGAUUCCCUACUUGAACAUAUAAUGAUAUAUGCAAAAAACCUGGUGAAUGCAGACCGCUGUGCACUCUUCCAGGUUGACCACAAGAACAAGGAACUGUAUUCAGACCUUUUUGAUAUUGGAGAGGAGAAGGAGGGGAAACCUGUCUUCAAGAAGACCAAAGAAAUAAGAUUUUCUAUUGAGAAAGGAAUAGCGGGUCAGGUAGCAAGAACAGGUGAAGUCCUUAACAUUCCUGAUGCCUAUGCAGAUCCACGCUUUAACAGAGAAGUUGACCUCUACACAGGCUACACAACCAGGAACAUUCUGUGCAUGCCUAUUGUGAGCCGAGGGAGUGUAAUAGGCGUCGUGCAGAUGGUGAACAAAAUAAGUGGAAGUGCCUUCUCUAAAACUGAUGAGAACAACUUUAAAAUGUUUGCAGUCUUUUGUGCUUUAGCCUUACACUGUGCUAAUAUGUACCACAGAAUUCGCCAUUCGGAGUGUAUUUAUCGAGUAACGAUGGAGAAGCUGUCCUAUCACAGUGUUUGUACAGCAGAAGAAUGGCAAAAUCUCAUGAACUGCGCACUCCCUACCCACAUCUGCAAAGAAAUUGAACUAUACCACUUUGAUAUCGGUCCCUAUGAGGAUGUCUGGCCAGCCAUUUUUGUCUACAUGGUCCACCAGUCCUGUGGUGCAACCUGCUUUGAACUUGAAAAGCUAUGUCGUUUUACUAUGUCUGUAAAGAAAAAUUAUCGCCGUGUGCCCUACCACAACUGGAAGCAUGCAAUUACAGUCGCACAUUGCAUGUAUGCCAUACUUCAGAACAACCAAGGGCUUUUCACAGACCUGGAGCGAAAAGGUCUCCUAGUUGCGUGCUUGUGUCAUGACCUGGAUCACAGGGGUUACAGCAACAGCUACCUUCAGAAAUUUGAUCACCCUCUGGCAGCUCUUUAUUCCACCUCGACUAUGGAGCAACACCACUUCUCCCAGACAGUGGCCAUUCUGCAGCUGGAAGGGCACAAUAUCUUCUCCAAACUGAGCUCCAGCGAGUACGAGCAGGUCCUGGAGAUCAUCCGCAAAGCCAUCAUUGCCACAGACCUUGCCCUGUACUUCGGAAACAGAAAACAGCUGGAAGAACUGCAUCAGACAGGAGCCUUAAACCUUAAAAACCAAGCACAUAGGGAUCGUAUGAUUGGUCUGAUGAUGACAGCUUGUGAUCUAUGUUCUGUAACAAAGUUAUGGCCAGUUACCAGAUUGACAACUAAUGAUAUAUAUGCAGAGUUCUGGGCUGAGGGGGAUGAAAUGAAGAAGAUAGGUAUUCAACCUAUACCUAUGAUGGACAGAGACAAGAAGGAUGAGGUCCCUCAAGGCCAAAUUGGAUUCUACAAUGCUGUAGCCAUCCCAUGUUACACUACACUCACACAGAUCUUUCCUCCUGCUGGGCCACUACUCCGGGCAUGCAGGGAAAAUCUCAAACAAUGGGAAAAAUUGACGCAAGGAGAGGAAACUUCAUUAUGGAUUCCAUCUCAACCACAUGAUCCCCAGACCUCGGAUUCACUUCCUGUGAAGAUUGAUGACUAAACGGCCGUAACAAAUUGGUUUAACUCUAAGGCAUCUCUCCUUUUUUUUUUUUUUUUGUUUGGUUUGGUUUGGUUUGGGUUUUUUCUUUUUUGGAAAGGAAAAAGAAAACCUACAAAUGCUGAGAAGCAGAUCUGCCUGUGGAGGUAAUACCUACAGAGUUACCUCAGUUAGGCGACUGUCUGCCAGUCUCCUAUCUAACUUCAGUGACACAACAUAAAUCAGAGAGAGACUGACAUCUCGGUUGCUUCAGGAUCGGCUAUCAAAGCAAACUUAUGAGGUGAAUAUAAAAGACUGACCUUUUCUCAUGGGCUGCAUUGCUGAGGCCUUAAUUCAAAACUGAAGGGGAAAAAUAUUAGGGAGUACUUUUAAAAUUGUAUCUUUCUAGUAAGGGUUUCAGUGGUACUUUUAUUAUAUUGUACUGUGGCUGGAUUUAACACCAGUGUCACUUGGGGAGUUCUUGGCUAUAAAUAGAACAUUUUACACAUUGCUAUUGUGAACGUUUAUGUGUGAUCUACUUGUAAUCAGUUUGAAAUUUAGCAGAAAACCUCUGGGGCUGUAACUUUUCCUGAAGUUACAGUACUUGAAUUAUCUUGCUGCAGGUAGAAGGAUAAUCAACUUUUAGGUUCAAGGCUCGAAAAACUCUAUUGGUUAUCACAGAGCAACUGUUUUAUUUCUCAAGUUAAAUGUUGAAAGCACUGGUUGUGAUGUUUAGUUCUUUGUAAUUAUGUGAAAUGCUAGAGAGCUCAUCCAUUCAUACACUGGAAGUACUAGAUAUUUAUCUCCAGUAAGGAAAGAUGCAGGCAUAAUUUCAGGCUGGACCUUUUUAUCAACAUUGACUAAAAUGACAGGCUAAAGUUUGAAUGUAGUAGCAGAGAUCUGCCUGCCUAGCUAGCUGUAUGUCAAGUGGUCAUGCUAAUGUUUUUCGUGGUGAGUCAUAUUUUAGAAAAUAUUAGAGAGACAUGUUUAACAUACAAUAAUUUCUGCUGGAAAUAGGAGCCUUGUCAGCAAAGUCAGGUAUACAAGGCAUAAAUGCAGUACCUUCACAAUGAGAGGAAAAUAUUUUCCUUUGACUAGUUUUUAUGUUGGUCACCAGUACUGUAUGUUUUCUACUACCAAAAAAAAAGGGAAACCAUUUACCUUUUUUAUGUUUUGCUUUUUUUCUAAUUCAGCAAAUAUUUCCAAGUUUAGAGCUACCUAACUAAGCAGAAAAACAGCUGAUUCAGAAAACUGAAACUGGAAGAAAUUCUGUGCUGAUGUAGGGCUUGGAUCCUGCAAACUAUUAUGCACAUGCUUAACAUUAAGCGCAUGUAUAACUGUUUGACGUUUGGGACACUAUGCUCAGUGCAACCCUUUUGAUUGUAAUGUAGUUGCAAAGGGUGUAAUUCAAUAUACAAAAUUUGACCCUGAAUCUUUCUUUUUAAAAAUCAAAUAAAAUUUCAGCAUAGAUAUAGUACAUCUUUUCUGUACCCCAGUUGUUAGCAACACUGCAUUUGUUUAGUCUGCACUGCCUAGCCUACAUUAUAUUAUACAACUCUUCUUACCUGCUUGCAGAUAGGCAAGUCUUAAAGUGGUUUAGUGGCAACACUACAGUGUAGUGUAAAAACAAGUAGUACAGUCAGCAGUUUAAAGGCAAUAGGUAGUAUCUGUUUUCCCAUUCUGCUUGUUUACUGAACUGUAUUGAUCUAAUAAGUAUGCAUCUUAUAUUUUUAUUAUCAUUUAAAUGUUUGGGUCCCUGAAGAGGUUUGCCUUCUGUUCUGGUCGAGCACAAACCAGUUUGUUUGUAUGCGUAUACAUUAUGUGAUCUAUAAUCACGUAAUUUAUACAUAAGGCUUUGCAGUACAUAAAAUACCAUGUAGGGUUAGAUUUGGGAUAUCUUGAUCAAAUCUUUUUAUAUGAAGUUCAGAUUUGAAUCAUACAGGGGACCAAGGAUGUCUAGCAGCAUCCAUGCAAGCACUUAGUUUGCUUUGCCAAUACUAAAUGAUUUUAUUCUCUGCAUAGUCACCAGUGAAUUUUUUUGAAAUGAAAAAAAAUUAUAAGGAUGCAAUUUUAUCAAACUGAACAAACAAGGUCAGCAUAAGUGGUGCCCUCUACUUUAUUCCUUAUCAGUUCUGGUUUAAAUAAUGCAAUUCAUACGCAGCCUGUGUUACUACAAGCAAAGAAUUUGGGACUUGACCCAGAGUUACUGAUUUAUGUGGAAACUUCACAGAUCUGUGGUGGCCUCAGAUACAGUCUGUCAGUUAUAUCUGUGAGAUACCCAAAACAACUCAUUGAAAAUCUCUUCCAUGGCUCAAGCAUGUCUGUUAUUCCCAUCCCCUUCUCCCUCUAUUUGCUGAUCUUGUCAGUGUUGCAAAAUAUUCCUUGUCACAUGCUAUAUUCAUUUCACAGAAAGUUGGUCUGAUUUCCAGUCUGUAAAAUCUAAAUUAGCUAGAUCAUGAGUCGUCACUGAAAAUGCUUGGCAGUAUCAUAUAGGUGCUUUAUAUAUUUCCCUAACAAAUUAAGCAAAGUUCCGAUAAAUAUUUCUAUUAAUGUGAUGAGACAACCAUAUUGGUACUUGACAUUUUGAGUAACCUGAACCACUUUAAACAGUUUGUUAUAGUUAAAUUUCCAUUAGAGUUAAUACAGUUCCCCCUGCCCACCCCUUUCUUCUCCUCUGGAGUAAGACAGGGGAAAGGAGUAAAACCAUACGGAUACAGUCUCCGUUGUUGCCUAAAAUAUAGGUUGACAAUAGUUUUAGUGGGCAAUUUUUUUUAAGUUGCAUCAAUUUGUCCUAUAGACUAAUUUAGUGAGUACAGUUUUAGGCAUCCAGGUGUUUGACAGAAGUAAACCCAAAUCAGUAUCCCAGAACCGAAAACCUUAACCUAAGUAGUAGUUUGAGUCUGCAUUUGAAUAUCAUGACUCAUGGUCCAUGUUGAAUAUUUGGUUGUCCAAAAAUUUAUAUUUGCACUGGCAAAUAGAACAACUAAACAUCUGAGACAACCAUUUUUGUGGUCAAAUGUCAGCUGAGAUUUUGUCCCUUUAAAAAUGUAGCCACACAAAAUGAAUAAGAACUUUUUAACAAUUGGCAGACAUUUUUUCUAGAAGUCUUAUAAAAUGUAUAGUUUUUAUUUCCAAAAAAGACUUUAAUAAAAAAGUUUUAAUUACCUUUUCCCUUCUAAACAAAACAAUAGAAAAAAGGGACUACCAGUAUUUUAUAUUUGAGCAUUCUUUUGAGUAGGUAAGAGAAACAUGAAUUUGAGAAAGAUGCAUAUUCAGCCGUAGCUCCUGCUGAUGCAUCUUGAAACAAUACCAGGAACAUAAUGAAUGAGGAAAAUGUAUCCAACCUGUGAAAAGUGGAUGGCACAGGCUGAUAUCAGCCAUUUUAGCUCUCACUUAAUAUACUAUGUAUUCUAUAAAAGCUUUGCUGGAAACUCCAUUACUGCAGUAAUCAAGAAUUUUUGUAAGAUAGUGCAAUAUUCUACUGUAAUGGUUCAGCACAUUGCAGCUACAUUAUUAUAAAUUGUAGCACUGCAGAAGCAAUACAUUAGAAUAAUGUACUGGGUUUUUUUUAAAUAGAAGAACGUUUUCAAAUAUGUUAAUUAGAUCCUUGGAGGCAUGCAGUGUGGCACUUAUAUUUUCAUAUGACACGCAGUACAGAGUACUUAGGUGUGUUUUAAAUAAUCAGCAUGGAUUGCAAAUUUAGAAGUAGAAAUAUUUGUACUAGCUAGUCAGUCUCUUGCUGUUACUGUGUUCAGGCCACUUAAUGUUAAAAUUGUAAGGGCAACAUAUAGCAUUAUUUAUUUAAAAGAAAUACCUAAGUCCGUUACCUGUUCAAACAAUUGCAACCUUCCUGAAGAAAUGCAUUUGCCUAAAACACUGUGACAUAGUUGCCAUUCUGUGAAAUGGUGCAGUAAAUUGUUCAUCAUAAGGAGGGUAAGUGACUUCCUACACUCUUCUAUAAGGAUACUCAUAUUCAAAUUUUAGGUUAUGUAUCCCAAUCUAGCAAAGGCACAUUACAAAGAUCUUUUGUCUGCUUGCUGACCAAAAACUGUGCUUGAUUGUAAUUUGGGUGUAUGCUCUGUCAAAAACUGAAAAAGUUAGUAACGAACUGGCUUGCAGGGUAGAUCAAACUGGUUUGUAGAGUAGAUCCAUGUGUAUUCAAAAUUCAGAGGGGGCAGUUCUGUGAAGAAAGAACUUCAAGAUAACAGCAUUCAACUUUGUGACAUCUAGUAAGCUGAAAAAUUUAUUUUAUGUAUAUGACACACACAAACUAUCUUCUUUGUAAAAAGAAAUGCAAGUGCAAUAAUUUAAAGAGGUCUUACCUUUGCAUUUAUAAAUUAUAAAUACUGUACAUGGUGUGUAUUUUUUCAUGUAUUCAUUUGCAGUCUUUGUAUUUAAAAAAACAAAACCUAAACCUUUACUAUUAUGUUUGUACAAUAGAGCAGUAAUCAUUUAUUAUGAUAUAGUUAAAUUGUAAAUAAAUUAACAAAACCAAACAGCCAGUACAUAUGCAUAUAUGGGUGUCCUGUUGUGAAACCUGUUUCUGCUUUAAUUGCUGGUUUUAGCACAGCAAGACAACUUUUGUGGAUAUAUAAUUAUACAUAUAAAUAUAUGUAUGAUACAUAAAAUGUAUUUAGAAAUGUUCAUAAUUUUAAUGGAUAUAUAUAUCCAUACACUUUGAUGUGAAUAUUACUGAAUACAGAGUUUUUAAAUAUUUUCUAUGUUCAUUUUUUGGUGUUAUUGUGAGUGAGGGAGAGGAAUGGGGACUUCUUGUGGACCUGUGUGUGUGUUUGUUGAUAUCCUACAAGUAAAAUAUAAGGAAAAAUGAGAACAAAAGGCAAUGGAAUCCAUGAAAAAGAUCAACAUUUGAUUUUCUGUACAUGUGACAACUUAUCAGUUGAGGUGAAUUUUUCCAAACAUCUGCUGUUGCAGGUAUUUCCUAUAACAAAACAUGUCUUACUGUAUAUUAAAUACUCAAAUUACAAUCAGCUUCUCAGAUGAUGUAAAUUGCCAGAACUACAUUGACUUCUAUGCUGAGGAUCUGGGCUAGCCUUUUUAGUUCACAAUUACAUUUAAUUGAAUAGAUUUACAAUCCAUCUGUUUCCAGCAUCUUGGAACUACAUAUAUGUUGCUGGAAAAGAUUUGUGGCCCCUUUUGUCUAGGCACAGUGAUAAGGAGGAAAGAGGGCAAACAAUUAGUAUUGUUAGAAUCGUUUCUUUACAUGAGUUUCCUUCAGAACUCUUAUGCUCCAAACCCUGUUUUUCAUGACCCACCCAGAUACAGCUGACUUUGAGAUAAAAGGUUUGUUCCUAGGAAGAGCAAGGUGUGCUAAGACAAACCUCACAGUAGAAAUGGCUAGACAAAAAUUACAGAUUUUAAAAAGAGACAAUAUGAAUGCACCUUAUUACAGUACUUAUAAUUCUGCCACUCCUCCUUUUAUUAGGGUUUAUAUAACAGUAGCACUCAGACGUUCCAGACGGGGAUUCUGCUUGAUGCUAUACAAACAAAUCCUUGCUCCAAAGAGCCUUCUGUUGGGUUAGCAUGUGAUCAUGUGAGGUAGUAUUGGCAAUUGUAGAAAAUAACAUGGAUGAGUUAAUUUCAAUACAACAGGUGAUUUUAUAUAUGCUUCUGUCAAAACAAGAGCUUUAUCCGUAGCUGCCAUUAAAAAUCAACAUUCGCCCAUAGUAAUUGAGAUUUUUUUGUUGUUUGUGCAGGGAAAUGUGUUAUUUCGGGUAUAGAAUGGUGGGUAGCUAUGGGGAAACGUUGACUUUUUA